CUAUUAUGCGAGUUCCUAUCGAGACGGAUGCAACAGUAGCCAAAUCAAAUUCAUGUCGGUGACGCAAUUUGAGCCAACGGAUGCACGUGCCGCAUUUCCUUGCUUCGAUGAGCCCAACUUCAAAGCGACCUUCAACAUUUCCCUUGGCCAUUCCGCGCAGUACAAUGCCCUAAGCAAUAUGCCCCUUUUAGAGCGGAUACCCAUAUGCGAACGCAGGAAUUGGGUGUGGAGCAUAUUUAAGCAGACGGAGAUAAUGUCCACCUAUCUGGUUGCCUACAGCAUCAAUGAUUUCGAAGGAUAUGCCUCCUAUAGUGCUCCCUACGAGCGUUCAGUAAAGUUUACCACCUGGUCAAGAGCAUCGGUCAUCCAACAAUGUAAAUAUGCCGCUGAGAUUGGACCCCGUAUAAUGGAUUACUAUGAGCAAUUGUUUGACAUUAGGUAUCCCCUGCCCAAAAUGGAUCAACUGGCUGUGCCGGACUUUAGUGCGGGUGCCAUGGAAAACUGGGGAUUAAUAACAUACCGAGAAGCAUCAUUGCUCUAUUCAGAGGAGGCAUCAUCUCUGACGGAUAAGCAGCAUGUUACAAAUAUUAUAGCCCAUGAGCUGGCACAUCAGUGGUUUGGUAAUCUGGUGACCAUGGAAUGGUGGAACGAUCUAUGGUUAAACGAAGGCUUUGCCACCUAUGUGGCAACAUUGGGCAUGGAUAAGAUGUGCAGCGAUUGGAAUGCAUAUGAGGAGGAGUCAUUGGACAAUGUUUUAGCCAUCCUUAACACCGAUUCCUUCUGCAGCACAAGGCCCAUCCAUCAGCCUGUGAGCCGAGGCGGACAAAUUGCUGAACUCUUCGAUUCCAUUACGUAUCGGAAGGGUGCGGUUAUAAUCCGCAUGAUGCACAUUUUCAUAGGAGAUAAAGCCUUCCACAACGGUCUCAAUUCUUAUCUGGAGAGCCACUCCUAUAUUAAUGCAAAGCAGGAAGAUCUAUGGUUGGCAUUGACGAAGGCAUCGCAUCAAGUCAAGAGCAUUCCGCAGGAUUUGGAUGUGAAAACCGUCAUGGACAGAUGGACAUUGCAAACUGGAAUACCAUUGGUAACAGUGCAUCGACACUACGCAAAGAAAACGGCAACUGUCACCCAGAGGCGGUUUCUAAUUUAUGAUAAACCUAUUCCAAUCAAGGAGAACCAACAUCCAUUGGAAGUGGACUCCUGUUGGUUUGUACCAAUAAGCUAUACCACAGAUUCCGAAUCCAACUUUAUAUCCACCGAGCCAAGGGCCUGGCUACGUUGCACCGAACACCACGAAAUAUUACCACUUGAAUUGCAAGAUCUGCCCGGAGAUGAUGAAUGGCUGAUCCUAAACAUGCAAUUAGCCACACCUUAUCGUGUAAACUAUGACACCAAGAACUGGGAACUGAUCAUUAAGGGUUUACAAUGUGGCGUCUUUAAACGCAUUCAUGUUAUGAACCGUGCCCAGUUAAUAGACGAUUCCCUCACUUUGGCUUGGAGUGGUCAUCUGAGCUAUACACUGGCCUUGGAGCUGUUGGGAUACCUGAAGCACGAGCAUGAAUACAUGCCCUGGCGUGCAGCAUUGGAGCAGCUAACGGCCAUUGAUCGCAUCAUACGAAGAACAUCCGAUUUUGAAGAGUUUCAGCAUUUUAUGAUUCAUCUGCUGGAUCCCAUCUACAAUUAUCUGGAGGGCAUGCUUGAAGAUUCAGAUAAUCGUCAUCAUGUGGCACUCAAAACCUUAAUAAAUAGAUGGGCAUGUCGCUUGUGUCAGGCGGAUUGUGUGAAGGAGGCCUUGAAGUACUAUCACCGCUGGUUCAUCUUAAACAAUCGAGAUGAAAGAAAUCCAGUGCCACAGAAUCUACGCUCCGUAAUUUACUGCACAGCCGUGCAGCACGGCGAUGCGGAUGAUUGGAACUUCUUGUGGCAACGCUACAGGAACAGCACAGUGGCCACUGAGAAGCGUCUGAUACUCCUUUCACUGACCUGUAGUCACGAUGUCGGCCAAAUUGAGCGCUAUCUGAGAUUAAUAUUCAAUGAGAAGUCAGUCAUACGCAAACAGGAUGCAUCGCAGAUCUUUGCAGCCAUUGUACGCAAUGACGUGGGCUUUCACAUAGCCAAGGAAUUUCUCAUGCACAAAUUUGAGAUGUUGCAAAAGUUCUAUGAACCAAAUAGACGCGAAUUGGCCUCGCUGCUUGUCCAAAUUGCACAUCAUAUUAACUGUCCCCGGGAUUAUCAAGAGCUGCGGAGAUUCAUAGACGCACACAAGGAUCUGCUGGAGUGUUCGGUGCGCAGCUUGCGACGUGCUUUGGAGCAGGCCCAGCUGAAUCUCCGUUGGCUUAAACGGCGCUUCCCCGAGUUUACCAACAAUCUCGUUAUGCGCUAUUAUGAUUGAAUUAUUCCUUAUGAUUUUUUCUUUUGUUAAUGUUUUUUUUGAUAAU